AUGAGCCAUCAUAAUACACCACAUUUAUACAGUAAGAGAACGCCAGUUUCUUCGCAAGGUGAUGGCUUCAAUGGGAUGAAUGCAGGAAAUGGACUGAUGCCGAAGCCAUUAAUGGAUUCAUCUACUAGUAUAUUGGAUUCACUGGCAACGAACGCUAAGCAGUUGCUUAACGCAUAUGUUUAUGACUUUUUAGUGAAAAACCGAUUGUCGCAAUCUGCUAGAAUGUUUGCCAAUGAGGCAGAUGUACCAUAUUUACAAAACUCAUCCUCUAAAUCCAAAAAUUCACCUCAAAUGAACAAUCCAAGGGCUACCCAUAAUCCGAGUAAUCUACAAUUUCAAAAAGAUAAUAAUCUUCCUAUGGCCUCUGUCGCUAUGGAUGCACCACAGGGUUUUUUGUACGAGUGGUGGCAGGUUUUUUGGGAUGUUUUUCAGGCCAAAAAUAGUCAAGAGUCAUCUAAUCAAGCCUUCCAAUAUUAUCAGCUACAGAUACUCAAGCAAAGACAGUUGCAAGAGAUGAGAGGAAUCAAUACUUCAGGUAUAAGCGUUCCGAAUGGUCAGUUUAUGGUUCAACCUCAUCAGCAACAACAGCAACAACGUAUAAUCAAUCAAGGACAACCUCAAGCAAUUGAUCCACAGCAGCAGCAGCAGCAGCAGAAUCAAGCCCAAAGUCAAGUCCAAGGACAACCUCAAUCUAUUGAUCCACAACAACAACAACAACAACAAGCACAGCAUCAAGCCCAAAGUCAACCUCAACCUCAAGCUCAUCAACAACUGCAACCACAGCAACAACAGCAGCAGCAGCAGCAGCAACCACAACCGCAGCAACAGAUGAUGCCCAAUAUGGGACCAGGCAACGGGUUCAAUUUACAGCAGCAAAUGUUUCUUUCGCAGCAAGUUCCCCAACAGCCGCAAAAUAGGAUACAGCAGCAUGCGCAAACCCAAAUGAACAACUUGAGACAACAGGCACAGCAAGUUCAUCAGGAUAAUAAUGGAAAUACUACGUCAGCAAAUCAACGGCUAAACCAAGUUCCUGUUCUGCAACAGCAACAAGCGAUUGGUGGAAUGAGCCCAUUUCAACCUCAAUUCGGUAAUCCUUCAGCGAACAACUUUGCACAAUCACAACAACCUCAAGGCGUGAAGAUGAACCAUAACAACAAAACGGCUCCGAGCGAUCAAAUUAUUAUCAACUCGAAUAGCAAUUUCAAUAGCAAUAGUAAUUCCGGAAAUUCUAACAACAGCUCCAAUAUUAAUAAUGCUAAUAACAAUAUGAAUAAUAAUGGAAAGAUGGUUCCCAAUAACAGUGGAACGGCUCGAAAUAUGAACGCUCUUCAAGAUUAUCAGAUGCAGUUGAUGCUUUUGGAAAAGCAGAAUAAAAAAAGGCUAGACAUUGCUAGGAAAACAAGUGGAGAUCAGCCAGGCUCACUAGACUCAGGUAUGUUUCCUCCACACACACAACAAAUCCAGCUGAAGCAAUCGCCAGCAGCUAUUAGUAAUUCACCAAUUAUUAAUUCAAAGCCUUCUCCCUCAAUACUGAAUAAUAAAAAGAAGAAGGAGCCUCCCGCAAAACGAGGGAGAAAAGUAAGUGGUGCUGGAAACACAUUGAAUGGAUUGAAUAAUGUUCAGGCGAAUAAUCAGGGCCUUCAAAUGGAAUACUCUACACCUUUGACUCCCGCGUCGGAAACUACUAGCGAUCCCCUUUCGAAAAGAAAGAGAAAGAAUGCUAGCCUGACAGAGUCUCCUAAAAAGCAAGCAAAUAAGGGUUCAAACACACACAGUGCAGGUAAAAAAGAGCAAGCGAUCAAGGAAGAGCCAGCCAAGUUGGGCGGAGGUGAUUCUUUAGGCACUUCAUCGACAAUGACAACGCUCCCAGAUUCUAACGGGGAUAACAUUUUUCAGGUUGAGAUAUUGGGAGGUUCUAAUAGCGAGUCAAGUACUUUCUUCGGACCAAACGGCCAACCAAAUACAGGUUUAGAUGAGAUCGAUUUUGAUUUUAAUCAAUUUUUAGAAGGAAAUGGCGAACCUGCUCUUAGUGAGGGUAUGAGUGGGUUUAACUGGGGUGGAGUUGAUGCCAUUGAAAAUGUUGAAUCGAUGAAGAAACUUUAA